CCUGGACCCUCACAAUACCUCGCUCUACCGAACCCUCAAACCAUCGAAGAUUUCCUAAUUGCAUCAUUCUUCCAUCGCAAUGAAAUUGCAUGGACUCCCGACCAUCUUAAUAUCAAGCGCAAUGAAUGCGCAGAUCAACUCGCGAAAGAAGCUAGC